CGGGGCAGAGCGGUGCGGUGGAGAUGAGCUGCAGCCAGGCCGUAGAAGUUGGUUAGCCACAGAAUGUUUUAGUUACGAUUCUUACUUGGCUGAAUUCACGUGAAGAAGGAUAGAAACAAGCUUGUCUCAAGGCAGUGCUUAAAAAAAAUCCUAUUAACGACGUGGGACCCCUUACACUACUUCGGAGGGGCCAGCAAGAAGGAUUUAAGACUGUACUUGGCAUCAUUGUGAAGCUGGUGGUUGUUUUAAAUAUUUGCAUUCCCAAGGAAUAGCAAACAAAGAGUGCGGGGAAGGAGCAGCUGGGUUCUAUGCAGGGUGUUCUGAACUGAGUGCUAAGUGAUGUGGCCUAAUCUUUGUCCCCUGCUGGGCAGCUGGGUUGUUUACUAGUCAUUAAGUAAAAGUUUUUUUUUUUUUUUAAUCAUUUUUUUCUUUGGCAUUAGAAUAUAGAGUGAAAUAACACGACCCUGGUUUUCACCUGGGGCACCCUCUGUGAGCAGAUUUGCAGCUGGUCUGUAGGCAUCCCUGUUGUGGAUUGUCCCGGGGAACUGAGGCAAAAAUUGUAACAUGACCAAGAUAAUAUAAAGCAGGAACUAAAGCUAGCCUUGACAAAUUUGAGUGGCUUUCUAGUAUCAGCUGUUUGGUUUAGUUUGUUUUUUUUUUUUUUUUUUGGUAGCUUACUGAAUGAGUAUUUAUAAAUGUCAUGGUAAUGACUAAAUUUUAAAUUAUUUUAGAUGCAUACUUUUUGCAAUGUAUUUUGUUAAGACUACCUUCAUGAAUUGUAUGUGUAAAGAGCUUAUGAUAAUGUUCUUAUUGUACAUUUAAACUAAAACUAAUCCUAGCUGAGCUGUAAGAUAGAAAAAUGAUUGACAGACACUACAUGUAAAAACUUAUUGCAUUGAGAUGUUAUGUGGCAUCUCUAUAACUGAAAGCAACAGGGCAGUUCAUUUUUUGUUCAUUUUCAAGUUCACUUGUUCAUUUUUUGUGUGUGCAGCAACAGUAUCAAAGUGCUUUGUUUUGGGCAGACAAAGUAGCUUCACUCUCUCAUGGACCCUCAGGAUGUCUAUUGGUUGGCUCAGUGUCUUUAUCUGACAGCACAGUAUCACAGAGCAGCCCAUGCACUUCGGUCACGAAAACUGGACAAAUUGUAUGAAGCAUGUCGUUACCUUGCAGCCAGAUGUCAUUAUGCUGCAAAAGAGUAUCAGCAGGCUCUUGAUAUUCUUGAUAUGGAGGAACCAAUCAACAAAAGAUUAUUUGAAAAAAACCUGAAGGAUGAAAGCGGCUUGAAAGACUCCUCCAGUGACUGGGAAAUGUCACAGUCCUCAAUAAAGAGUUCUAUUUGUCUUCUACGAGGAAAAAUCUAUGAUGCUUUAGAUAAUCGGACCCUAGCUACCUACAGUUAUAAAGAAGCGUUGAAGCUUGAUGUCUACUGUUUUGAAGCAUUCGAUCUUUUAACAUCACACCACAUGUUGACAGCACAAGAAGAAAAAGAACUUCUUGAGUCACUACCUCUUAGCAAACUGUGUCCUGAAGAACAGGAAUUACUACGUUUUCUGUUUGAGAACAAAUUAAAAAAGUAUAACAAGCCUAGUGAAACUGUCAUCCCUGAGUCUGUAGAUGGCUUGCAAGAGAAUCUAGAUGUGGUAGUGUCUUUAGCUGAGAGACAUUAUUAUAACUGUGAUUUUAAGAUGUGCUACAAGCUUACGUCUGCAGUAAUGGAAAAAGAUCCUUUCCAUGCAAAUUGUUUACCUGUACAUAUAGGAACACUUGUGGAGCUGAACAAAGCAAAUGAGCUUUUCUAUCUUUCUCACAAACUGGUGGAUUUAUAUCCUAGUAAUCCUGUGUCUUGGUUUGCAGUGGGAUGUUACUAUCUCAUGGUUGGUCAUAAAAAUGAACAUGCCAGAAGAUAUCUCAGCAAAGCGACAACGCUGGAGAAGACCUAUGGGCCUGCGUGGAUAGCCUAUGGGCAUUCGUUUGCUGUUGAAAGUGAGCAUGACCAGGCCAUGGCGGCCUACUUUACAGCAGCACAACUAAUGAAAGGGUGUCAUCUGCCAAUGCUGUAUAUUGGAUUAGAAUAUGGGUUGACCAAUAACUCAAAACUAGCUGAAAGAUUCUUUGGCCAAGCUCUGAGCAUUGCACCAGAAGACCCUUUUGUAAUCCAUGAGGUUGGUGUGGUUGCCUUUCAGAAUGGAGAAUGGAAAACAGCAGAAAAAUGGUUUCUUGAUGCUUUGGAAAAAAUAAAAGCAAUUGGGAAUGAGGUGACAGUUGACAAGUGGGAACCAUUGUUGAACAACUUGGGCCAUGUCUGCAGAAAACUUAAAAAAUAUGCAGAGGCAUUGGAUUACCACCGGCAAGCAUUGGUAUUAAUUCCUCAGAAUGCAUCCACCUAUUCUGCUAUCGGAUAUAUCCAUAGCCUGAUGGGCAAUUUUGAAAAUGCUGUGGACUAUUUUCACACUGCCCUUGGUCUUAGGAGAGAUGACACAUUUUCUGUUACAAUGCUUGGUCAUUGCAUUGAAAUGUACAUUGGUGAUUCUGAAGCUUAUAUUGGAGCAGAUAUUAAAGACAAAUUAAAAUGUUAUGACUUUGAUGUGCAUACAAUGAAGACACUAAAAAACAUUAUUUCACCUCCGUGGGAUUUCAGGGAAUUUGAAGUAGAAAAACAGACUGCAGAAGAAACAGGACUUGUACCAUUGGAAAACUCCAGGAAAACUUCAGAUUCCAGGCCUUCCUCAGAAGAAACCUUUGAAAUUGAAAUGAAUGAAAGUGACAUGAUGUUAGAGACAUCUAUGUCAGACCAUAGCACGUGACUACAGACAGUGGUCCUGGGCCAGUCUGUGCUGGUGUAGGACCAGAGGCUGCCUUGAGUGACUGGAUAGCACACCUUGCAGCAGAUGUUCUGAGUAUCUCAACUACAAAAUAGUUAUACCUAUUGGAAUAAAAAAGGUAAACCAUC